AUGGAGUCCACCAAGUGCACUAGUGAGACGAUCGAGCAAGCUAUCACAACAGAGAAGAUGGAAUCUCAGGUUGAGAAGGGGAACAAUCCCAUUAUGCGCACCAAAGAAGAUGACUUUGGUAUAUGGCAAAGCGUAAGGAGAUACAAGUGGGUGUCUGCCUUGGCAAUGAUUGCAGCUUUUAGUGCAUCGUUGGAUGGCUACCAAAUCAAUCUGAACGGCGGUAUCGUCGCCAACAAGGGAUUUAUUCGUCAGAUGGCCAGUCCGGGGACAAAGAUCAUCGACAGCAAGUAUGUCUCUGCGUGGGGGGGCAUCCAGGCUGCUGGCCAAACCAUCGGGCAAAUUUUUCUCCAAUAUGCCACUGAAAAGUACGGUCGAAAGGCGGCUUUUUACACGCUUAGUGUUUUCCUUACAGCGAGUAUCUUCGCUGAGUCAUUCAGCACUUCUUGGGAGCACUGGCUUGUAGCCAAACUCCUUGCAGGCAUGGGGAUUGGCAUGUUACAAGCCACGCUGCCGUUCUACAUCUCAGAGAUUGCACCAACUCAGUUAAAGGGGUUCCUGAUCAAUGCAUAUACUUUUUGGUUUGUUCUAGGACAGCUAUUUGCUUCGGUGGCACUCAACAGACUCAAUGCCCAUAAUCCAUACGACUUCCGGACUGCUAUUUAUAGUCAGUGGGCUAUGAUUGGGAUUUCCAUCAUAAUCAUCCUCAUUAUUCCCGAGUCGCCCUGGUGGCUGGUCAGCAAAGACAAGCAAACCCAGGCAGCCAAGAUUCUCCAACAUUUUUAUGGUCGGAUUGAAGGAUACGAUAUUCAGGAAAAGAUUAAUGCCAUGGCGGCGACAGUCGCUGAGGAGCGUCGCAUUGCAAAGGAGAACUCGCAAGAGGGAAUGUGGGGUAUUUUCCGUGGCCGAAACGGUAUCCGAUUCAUCAUUGCAGCUUGGCCAAAACUCACACAGCAGUUCGUCGGCCUGUCCGUGUUCAAUACUUAUGCUGUCUACUUCUUCCAAUACGCUGGCAACAAAAAUCCGUUCUUAGUGACUCUCAUCCUUUCAUGCUGUCAAAUCAUUGCAAUGAUUCUCACUUCGACACUCACGGACCGCCUUGGCCGUCGGCCUCUUACUGUGUGGCCCUAUGCUGUCACUGUGUUAUCGGUUCUGUGCCUCGGCAUUAUCGGAUGCUUUGAUUACACUCAAAAAUCCACUAGCUCUCUUCUGAUCUUCUUCGCAUGCUUGGCAACUUUCUCCACUACUGGUGCGUCCGCUAUUGGAUAUGCCUACGCAGCCGAAGUGCCCAGACAGUCUCUGAGAGCGCAGACGGCCGGCUGGUCUCUGGCUGCUUCAAAUUUGUUUUCAAUCAUGUUCAGCUUCUGCACACCCUUGAUGAUCAAUGGAAAUGCUCAUUGGGGUGUCAAGACCGGUUUCUUCUUCGCAGCUACUGGCGCCAUUGCGGUGAUCAUUGGGUGGUUCAUAUUGCCUGAAGUAUCACUCCGAACUCCUGCCGAGAUUGACGAAUUGUUUGAAAAGAGGGUCAACUUCCGCAAGUUCAAGGGACAUGUCACGGAUGUUGAGAUUAUUGCGAGGGCUCAUUCUGCAACUGCCUCGCAGGUUGCUUAA